AUGCUCCGCACCAACGUCGCCAGCCAACGUUGUGCGGAGGUUCGGCUCCGCGACGGCGUGCUGCCUUUCGCACCACCACCUGCGGAGGAGGAGGGACCGUCACGCGCAUCCCUCGGCUUGGAGGAGGGACUACCAAAGGAAAGGAUCGCGCCUUGUGAUCUAGAGUCUGGGCCAUCGGGCCAGGGCAAGGUUUCCCAUCUGGUUCGCAAGGCCUGGGGCCAGGGCAUCGAGGAGGGCAUCACAAUGAGCGGCCAGUUUGAGUUCACGAUGCAGGCUUCUGACAAGGAGUCCUUCGGAGAGAUGCUCUCGUGGCAGAUGCUCGCUGCUGGCAUACCACCGCCAUCUCUGGACAACAGGUGCUUGAAGUUCACCGAUGCCAGGGGUACAGAAGCAAUGGGCAACAAGCAGGAGAUCAGCAAGAUGCUGACCAACCCUGGAUCCUAUCCUGUUCGCGUUUCCUACUUCCCGCAUCCUGCCUUCAAGUUUGUGCGGCCAGAAAGGGUUCCUGAGCUCGAAGCUAUGCGCACCCACUUGAAGUUUGUGCAAGAAGCUGUCGCAGAGCUGGAUGGGAACAUGGAUAACGUCAAGCAUACCCACCAAAGGAGAACCUUCGAGCGGUAUCUCCUGUACUUGGAGGACCACUACUACCAGACCGGUGACGACCUUCACGAUACGCUGAGCUGGGAAGAAGUUGUGCAGAAGUAUGGCCCGGACAAGGAGAUGUUCUUCUUGCUGACCAAGAAGACUGGCCCAGGAUUGUCGAAGAUUCUUCGAGGAGAGAUCGACGUGCUGGAGUACCUCUUCGGUGGCUGA